AGGUCCACUAGUUCAUUCUGUAUGUCGCCUACCCAAUGAAAUGGAAUAUCCCCACCAAAAGACAAUUUCUUGAAUUUUAGUGAUAUAUACGCAGUCAGAAUCAAUAAGAUUAAGAUUAAUAUGGCACCUCCACCAUCCACUUGCACUUGCAAGAUUUUCCGAUCGCGAUCUUGACCGCAAGCGCCAUGCAUCAGCCUACGCAACUCCCUCUCGCGCCGAGAAGCAAAUUGCUUCCUUCAACAAGAUCCGCCCUGUUUGCUGUUCGCAGCAUGCACACUAUGAUGAUGAAAUGACGAGUUUUAUUGCGAGGACUUCAUGCACAAGUCAAAUAGAAACACAAUCAUCGACAUUCGCAAUGCGGGGGUGGGACACUAAAUUCUAACUCUGAUAUUCAAGAACGUCGCAUGUUGAAUCUCCGAAAGAAAUCAAUCCACUUUACACAGUUCAUAGUGCAGCAGGAGUGGCCUGAGGCUGCAGCUGCCAUAAUGGAGGGCGCAGUUUCGGUGUAGGAUGGGCACACUUGUUUUUAGAUUUUUGCCUAAAGUAGUUGGGUUUUGCCUCUUGGCCACAAGUAGUAUUAGAUAUUUGUACACCUUCCGCAGCAUGUAGCUAACAGUAAUUCCUUGGAUUUUCUCUACGCAUGUGCACUGCCCCUUAAUACGACCGUUUGAAGAAUAAAUUUUUAGAAUUCUUCCGUAUUGGUUGAACAUGGUGAAAUUACUAGCGCUUUGCUGAUUUUUUUACACGACAUCUCCCCCUUGCGACUCGCUUGUCACUUCUACCUAACCUUAUUUGUCCCCACCAAGAACGCAUAAAGAAAAAAUUCGUGGCACAUCAACUUGAAAAUAAAUUUCGCGAAAUGUUCUCCCCCGAACACUUUUUCGGGAGCCUCUUCGGUGGAGGGGCCCCACAAGGCUUUCCCAUGCCCGGCGGGCAUCCACAAGGAGGUCCGCGAUUUCACAACCCCAGCACAUCAAGUAGCAGCCGCCCGCGGCCUGACGGGUACGUACCCCCGGCGAGCAAACGAGCCAUCGCAAAUUUACCGGACGUGGUGAUUACGAAACGAGAUUUGGCGCUCGACGAAAACAAGACUUGUAUCAUCUGCUUCGAGGACCAGCAACUCUCCGGCACCGGGGCCAAGUUGCCCUGCGGACACAUCUUCUGCCGGGACUGUAUAGGAAAUUUUCGCAUUUGUUUACAUGUUAAAGUACUAUACUAGCAACCACCUCCCGAUAACCAAAAAAUCACUAGAAGCUCCACAACCUCGACAAACAUCACACAAAUUCAAAACCCCCGGGGGACCCUUGAGGGCGCGAACCGGCGCGCAAGCCCAAGCAGGCACUCGGGCGCCUUUGUCUUCCGGCGUUCUUAUUUCCCUCACCCUGGGCGUGGCAGGCUAGGCGCGCUCCUAGCCUCUAGCCCUAGCGGCCUGCCUAGCCUCUAGCCCUAGCGGCCUGCCUAGCCUCUAGCCCUAGCGGCCUGCCUAGCCUCUAGCCCUAGCGGCCUGCCUAGCCUCUAGCCCUAGCGGCCUGCCUAGCCUCUAGCCCUAGCGGCCUGCCUAGCCUCUAGCCCUAGCGGCCUGCCUAGCCCGCCGGCACAGCCGGACCCCAGCCCGUCCUACCGCAGGGGUGCGCUGAGUUGGCAGCUUUUGAGUGCGCUUCUGGCGAGGCCCUUGUCAUCGCCCCACCCCCUUGGCCGCGCAAGUCCCGCUGCCUGCUUUCCUUCGAUAAUCGCUUCCGAUUGUUUCUUGCUUGGGUUGGGCCUUUUCCUUUGUGUUUCUUUUCUUUCCCGGCGUCCUCUUCGGUUUGCAUUGGGAUUGGGGCCAGUGCCUUUGCGCUUCUGGCGAUCGAAGCACGCCGCCCCACUCCUGCGCAAGCCCUGCGCGCUUUCCUUUUGGAGGGGGCCCCGACUGUUUUCCGGGUUGGGCUUUUUCGUUUGUGGCUUCGUUUCUUUCCUUGGGAACCAACGCGCCGCAGAAUGGCGAGCGCAUGGGCCGGGGUUUUUCUCCCCGUCUCCCCGAUGCAGGCUCGUGGUGUGGUGUUGCAGGGGGCCGCGCAGCGCAUUUCCCACUCAUCCCAGGUGCAUUUUCCCAGUGGAAUGGCCCCAGCUGCUUUGGUCCUUCUCCCAAGCCAGCUCGUGGCGUGGCGCUGCCGGGUGCCCCGCCGCGCAUUCGUGCGCGCCUUAGGCUUACUCCUCGCGGCCGAAUGGCUCCGGGUGCUUUGUUUUCUCCAUCUCCGCAGCUGGCCCGCCGUUGCUGGUCUCUCUGCCAUGGCUGGUCCGCCGCGGCUGGUCUCCCUGCCGUAGCUGGUCCGCCCUGGAAGGUCUGCCGGUGCAGGUCUGCCACAGGUGCUGGUCUGCCGUGGCAGGUCGGCCACGCACUGCUACUGCUGGCCCGCCAUGCAUGGCAGGUCUGCCACUGGUUGGUCGGCCACUGACUGGCGGUUCGCCAUGGCAGGUCUGCCGCAGCUGGCCCUCUGUGGUGGGUCCGCCGUGGCUUGUCUGCCAUCGCCAUGGUAGGUCUGCCACAGCUGCUGGCCCGCCGUGCCCGGUCUGCCACAGUUGGCCCGCCGUGGAAGGUCGGCAGCAGCUACUUUUCCGCCGUGGCUGGUCUGUCAUGCGUGGCUGAUCUGCCUCCGCUGGUCCGCCAUGGGAGGUCUGCCACAGCUGCUGGACUGUCAUGGCAAGCCUGCCACAUCUGCUGGUCUGCCGCUGCUGGUCCGCCGGGCGUGGCAGGUUGCCCACAGCUGCUGAUCCGCCGGGGCUGGUCUGCCAUUGCUGGCCCGCCGUGCCCUUGGCAGGUCUGGUCGGUGCCACCGCUGGCCCGCCAUGGCACUUCUGCCGCAGCUGCAGAUCCGCCAUGGCUGGUCCGCCCUGGAAGGUCUGCUAUGGCUGCGGGUCUGCCGGUCCAGGUCUGCCACCCACCUCCGCUGGUCUGCCGUGGCUCGUCGGGCACGUACUGCUGGUCCGCCAUGCAUGGCAGGUCUGCCACUGGCUGGUCGGCCAUUGGUGGUCCGCCAUGGCGUGCCUGCCCCAGCGAGCUGGUCUGUUGUGGCUGGUCCGCCGUGGUUGGUCCGCCGUGCGUGGCUGGUCCGCCGCGGUUGGUCCGCCGUGGCUGGUCCGUUGUGGCCGGUCUGCCGCGCGCAGUUGGUCCCUCCGCCGUGCCUGGUCUCUCUGCCACAGCUGUUCCGCCAUGCGUGGUAGGUCAGCCACAGGAGUUGGUGGGCCUCAAAAUGGAAGGUCUCACUCUCUGCCACAGCUGCUGGCUUGCCGCGGCUGGUCUAUUAUGGCUUGCCUGCCGUGGCUGGUCUGCCGCGCGCUGCUGGUCCGCCAUGCAUGGCAGGUCUGCCAUGCCGGUCCGCCGUGGCCGGUCUGCCAUGGCAGGGCUGCCACUGGUGGUCCGCCAUGGUAGCUGUGCGACAGCUGGACUGCCGUGGCUGGCCCCCCAUGCGUGGCCGGUCUGCCAUGGCUUGUCUGCCGUGGCUGGUUUGCCACGCACUGUUGGCCCGCCAUGCAUGGCAGUUCUGCCACUGGUGGUCCGCCAUGGUAGGCGUGCCACGCACUCCCAGCUGGUCCGCCCUGGCUGGCCUGCCGUGCGUGGCAGGCUGGUCUGCCAUGGCAGGUGAGGUCUGCCACGCACCGUUGGCCCGCCAUCCACAGCUGGUCCGCCAUGGCAGGUCUGCCGCAGCUGUUGGCCCGCGCCGCCACGGCUGGGCUACCAUGCAUGGUUGGUUGGUGGGUCUGCGAGGGCUGGCCUGCCGUUGCAGGUCUGCUACUUGUUGCUGGCCCGCCAUGCGUUGCAGGCUGGUCUGCCAUGGUAGGUCUGCCACAGCUGCUGGCCCGCCGUGGCGGGUCUGCCACCCACCCACCCACAGCUGAUCCGCCGUGCCUGGUCUGCCCCCCACAGCUGCUCCGCCAUGGCAGGUCUGCCGCCCGCAGGAGCUGCCGCGCCGCAAAAUAAAUGGCAAGUCGGCCACAGCUGCUGGCCCGCCGUGGCGGGUCUGCCACCCACCCACCCACAGCUGAUCCGCCGUGCCUGGUCUGCCCCCCACAGCUGCUCCGCCAUGGCAGGUCUGCCGCCCGCAGGAGCUGCCGCGCCGCAAAAUAAAUGGCAAGUCGGCCACAGCUGCUGGCCCGCCAUCCGAUGGCAGGUCCGCCAUCCAGAUCGGGCCCCAGCCAUUCCCGGGGGGCUUUAAAAAUGGACGGCGGGGCUUUGGAAAUACUUGUGGGCGGUUCUUUUUUUUCCGCGGGUGUGGCGGUUCUUUUUCUUCUUUCCCUGCCUUGCAUGUUAACAGAAGCAACUUGCUGCGUCGCGUGGAAGACGCUUCCAUAUUCAUACGCCGUUUGCCGCUCCAUAUUCCUGUAGUUUCCACUCUACGCCGACGACUUCUACUAUACAUCUUACCACUCCGCCCAGUUACAAACCAAGCGCCGCGCUUCUUCAUUGCACUACUAUCGAACAAACGCGAAAAAAGAAGCAUGGGAGCCACUCCCGCCGGCUUUUUUGUCGUGUGUGGCUGGCCUUCGAACUGCUAUUCGCAUGCCCAGCUCGUUCUCAGGCCAGGGGUUCGCGCCUGCAAGGCAGCUAUUUUGUGGCCUUCAUCAGUUUCCCUCGCUCGGUUCCGUCUGGGCGCCGAAUGUGUUCUCGGUUGGCCGCGCCCGUUACUUGAUGGGCCGCCAAAAUUAAAGUUUAAAAAUUCGGGCAGUUUUUGGGUUUAUCUCGAGGGCCCAAAGGUUGCGGCUGCGCUCCCCGAAUCCGGUCGCAGUCAUGUGGGUGCUCUUCGCGUCGUGUUUUAGGGUUGGGCGCGUCCUGUCCCCGGGGUAUUUCGCACGUGUGGUUCCCGAAAGAUGUUUGUGUAUGCCGAGGCUCGGUUUGACGAACAUGAUGGUUGAAAAAUGUCAACCAUCAUGUUCGGACCGGGCAGGAAGAAGUGAGGACGACGCGGCGUCCGAACUCCGGAGGGGAACAUCAAAAUGUCUUCUAAAGCGGCAUUUUGAUGCUCCCGUCCCGGCUUCUGUUCUUCUUCUCAUUCUGCUGUCCAAGUCCAAAAGUGUAAAAUCCAAUGGGGUUUUACACUACAGGGAAAUUAGAGCAGCAUGCGCUGUGGGGCAACUUGCUUGCAGAUAUCAUCGGAGAAGGCUGCGCCAUACCUUCGACGAAGCGACCCACUUCGGGGCCCUUUGUUGGAAAAGGGCGCCGAAAAUUAUCGCUUCGUCGAUGGUAUCGUAAGCUUUUCCCUGAUGAUUUCUGCAGAAUCUGCUUCUUUGCGUGAAUGCUGCAAAAGGUUCACAAAACUCAGCUCAUCGCGUCGGUUCUGCCGGUAAACAGCAGGGCAAUUUUUUUAAUUUUGCAAUGUUGCAAUUUUGCAAUUUUGCGCAUCUGGAGCAAUUUUGCAAUUUUGCAAUUUUGCGCAUCUGGAGCAAUUUUGCAAUUUUGUAAUUUUGCAAUUUUGCAAUUUUGCGCAUCUGGAGCAAUUUUGCAAUUUUGCAAUUUUGCGCAUCUCGAGCAAUUUUGCAAUUUUGCAAUUUUCGUUUCGGGCGCCCCUUCGGAACGCUAAUCCCCACGGUACGGCCUCCGAAAAAAAUUGCUUUUCCUUACCAUUUUUGCCUCCCUAACCCUCAAACAGAUGCUCGCCAAAAAUUGCAAAAAUGUUUGUCGGAGUUGGAAAAAUGUUUGUCGGAAUUGGAAAAAUGUUUGUCGGAGUUGCAAGAUUUGUUUGUUGAGUCUUGAGUUGAUUUUUGGUUUUUUUUUUUCCUUAGUUAACAUUAGAUAUUGCGUCUGGGAAUGUUGCGGUGCGACGACGUUGGUUUUUUUCGCAUGACACCACACAUCAUCGACAUAAUUGUACUAGCUACGCAUCCAUCUCAUCUUCACGUAUUAACAUACUUAUCUCAGGUAUAAGCGACUGGCUUGCCAACAAACAGUGUACCUGUCCGGUUUGUCGCUACGAGCUUGAGACCAACGACCUCGAGUUUGAGAAGCGCAAGAAGCAGCAGCCGCAGAGAAAAGCACGAUACAAGGAAUCCGACCUCAGGCGCAUGACUGCCAAGGAGCUGAAGCAGAUUCUGAGCACGCUGCAGAUAGACGCGCGGGGCUUCAUGGAAAAGCGAGAGUUUGUGGACGCCAUAAUAGCGUGCACCGACAAAGUCGAAAUGGUCGGGGAGCAAGUCGAGGGUGGCGGGACUACGCCAACUUCUGCAUCGGCGGGUGCCGAUGGAAAUAGUAACGGGCAGAAUCCGGAGCAGGCGGACGCACUGGACAGAUACUACGUGGAAGAUCUCGAGACCAUGAAUGUGACGCAGCUAAGGUAGGAAUUAUACGAAGCAUAAUUCUGUAUACGUUUUUACAAUAUAUUUAUGACGCAGUAUAUGAUCUAGGAGAUGCAUUUGAGCAGCUCCUAACGGAGGUGUUGCAGCUUCUUGGUUGAGACACUUAUUUCAUCUCCUAUAAAAAAUCCGAAUCCCAAUCCCAAUCCCACAACGAACUCCACAAACUACACCAGGAAUACGUUCAAGCUUUUCGGUUUGGUCAUUCCGAGUUCCGGGAGCCUAGGCAAGGACGAGUUGAUCGGGUUAUUGCUCAAUUCAGGCAAAAUCAGCCCCAGUAAAGCGCCGAGCUGACAUCCAGCCACAAUCAGCCACCAGGCCUUGUGGAGGGUCCUCAGCUUCUGCUAGAUGUGGAUCGAUCUCCAGCGGAGAGUAGAAGAAAGCGGCGAAACAAAUGGUUGUACGCCGCACCUACUCGUCACCACUGUACAACAAGCAGCGACUCGGCGACCGGCGGCACAACCUCAUCAAGAACCCCGACAGUAGUCGUGUCUCAUGCAAGACUUCUUUGGUCUCUAUUAGACUUAGAAGUGAUGCCCAUGCAGCCUGCUCUUCGUUACAACACUGCUGCACAGAGAGGCAGGCUGAUGGAGUCGGAACGAUUGCACAGAAGUUUUCCUCGCUUCGUUUAUUUCACAUGAGCAACAGCAUCCAUUUGUGUGCAUGUAGCAUUUUUCCAUGGCGAAGACUCUUGUAGUACCUGAAUGAUUUCAACAUAUUUUGCCGGAGAUAAUUCUAGCUUCCCCGCUCUUCAACAACAUGUUCGUCUACCCGGGUUGAACAAUAGCUCUAGCGGAUAAAAAAGAAGAAAAACAUAUUCACAUACGGUAGCUUCUUGGCAAUGCGAAUGCCAAUGGCUUCACCACGAGUAGUUGCUUGUUGACGAUGCGUUUACUCUCAUGGACGUAAACACAUGUUGAUGUUUGACAGGACAAGGGACGACCUUGGUUGGAUGCGAGACCUCGUAUAUGGAAAACGAAAAACGACAGCAAGCCUCAAAUUCUUCGAUGAGAUUGACUAGAUAAAUUGUAAGAUGCAGGUGACGCCGGAAAAUCAUAUGUGCUGUGAUGCUUCUGUGUGAAAGCAACUAGACGUGAGCAGACGCUGACAGUUAGACUCUUGAGGACCGCAGCUGACAAAAGAAUCUAGCGACGAGGCAUGAAGCCGCACAAUUUUUUCAAAUCUAUCCGCCCACAUUGGCUUGGAC